AUGUUUGAUAUACCAGAGACCGAAGACACUCUAGAGGGCGAGAAUAUGGACCUUCUGAUCUUGCAGCAGGCGCAGGUAGAGUUCCAGUUUGUUGCCUCGCCUCAGUUUCUCUUUCCUCGGACUACCCAGUCCAGCAAGAGCCAUCCUAUGCACUCUCAACAGUGGCAGCCAACCAUUCAGCCUCCAACUACUUGUCACUCGUUGUUCGCGUUCCCAGCUUUUAUCCCUACACCUAUCACCACAUAUCCGCCAGUCCUGAACAACAUAGCAUGCCUCAUCAGAGCAAUGCUCAUGGGCCGAGACAAAACCACGACGCCGAUUUACCUACAACCAAGCCCUCAAAUCCCCUUCCUCGACCUCCGAAAGAAGCGAGAUGCCGCGACUGUCGCAUCUGGGAGCCGUCGAACCUGGAGGAUAGAUUUCCAGCUAUUCCUUGUGGGCACCAUCCUCGCUCUGACCCGAACGCUAGAUUCGCGAGGUGACAAGUCUAGCUGGGCUUUCGACUUCACCCCGCCCUCGAAACGCUUCGCUGUGCGACGCCGGGGUAAAAGAGGUGGAAGACAUAGCAAGAUGAAGGCCAAGCAGCCACUGCGAUCUGACGUCUUUGAUGAGCUAUUCGCAGACUUGAGAUCCACGGAUACGCCUAGUACCGUAGGCAGGGUCUCGCGUGAGAGUCCUCCCAACUCUCAAGACUGCAAGCUAGAGGCACCGCAAGCCUCACUGAGCAGAGUCGAAUCUGCAGGACCACCUCCGCCUGCUUCCUCUAUCACGAAACCUCCACCUGCCCGGGCCAUCUUCAGCCGUCAAAGCUCACACUCAAGACAGUCUACAGUCCCUACUCCGACAUUCGGCCGUCGAACACCACCCAUCCACCCACCACUCCUGAAAACAUCCUUUAAUCAGUCCAUUCUUAAUUUGCCGGCUACCUUCCGUCCCGGAGCUCCCUCGCCGAGCUCAUCACCGAUCCUCAGAAAGACUUUCAGCCGCCGCUCUUCGCUCUCUACAACCUCAUCUACCUCAGCCACAGGCGGAACCAUAACCGUUCCCUUUCAUCGGCCGCGACCACAUCUCCUUCAAGACUCCGUUUUUGCCACACAGACCGAGACUCAAGAACACAGUACCGACUGUGUCAAUACUACCUCACGCCGCAAUUCGCGCUUUUUCCCACACCACGCUGCCGCGGCCGCUGCUAUCCGGGCCCUCUUGCGGCCGCCAUCUGCUCCGGUCUCCCCUCUGAGAUCCAGAAGCCAGAGCCCCGGUGUUACAACACCCUACCCUUCCUCUACUACCCCGCCCUUGGCUCUUGAGCCAAUACCUGCACCGCCGUGGGUCCCUUCCUCCCUCUGCCGAUCCAACGCCUUACCUGUCUCCACACCGUCUGCGUCUAGCACCGUUCCUGCUCCCAGUGACUAUAUCUGCGUCUCCGACAAUCCCGCGGCCAGCGCUAGUCCCGUCAUCACGCCCUCUGCAUCUACUCCCUCCACCCCGCCGUUUUCGAACUGGAGGACAUGGCAAAACUGCCACUACGAGUCCGUUUCUACGUCUUCUUAUCCGCCUGAGACACCAUACGCGCCCAUAAACCCCGAGGUGUCUGUUGAAGGGGUUUAUACGGAAGCGGACGCGGGCGAGACGCCUGAGAUUCUGUGCAGACCCAACUCCAGCGACCCAUCGCCAGUGGCCCGUCGAAGCCCCACCCCACUCUCGGUGAAAGAUGAAGUGAGGGCGUCGCUGACGAAGUUCUUGGAGAUGGGACACGCGGAGCCGUGCUGGUGUCGGAGCACUCAAGCUUCAGUCACGGCAACGCAGGUACUUCCUACGCCGAGUCGGCUGUUCGCGGCGAAGCAUUCGGUGGUCGCAUCUUCUGCCUCGUCUUCCACCAACCCGGUAGACGCGUCCCUGCCAUCCGACACGCCCCUCCCAGCCUAUUCAGACCUCUCCACCUCCACAGAGUUCGAGCACGUCCUCCCCUCGCCCACUGCUUCGGACUUUGACAAUGACGACGAGGGCUGGACUGUUCUGCAAGGCGAGGCGAGAGUUGGGAGGCCGGUCAUGUGGCAUGCCAGUAUUCCGUUAACUAGGACACGCCCCCGGGGUCCGAAAUGGCGGUGUCGGAUACCUGUUACCGCGCCUUCUAUCCCGCUUUCGAAAGAAAAGGAAAAGGAACAGGAACAGGAAUGCGAGGAAGAAGGGGAGAUAGAAGACUGGUGGGAUUUGGAGUCUGAUCUUAAUGUUGAGAGCGAAGAAAGAAAUUGCGUUGAUGGGGCUGGCGAGGAAGGGAUUUGUGAGAGGUGUGAGCAAAGAGUGAAGAAGAAGGCCUGGUGCGGGUGCGAGUGGGACUGGGACUGGCCGAGUUUGAAGGAGGCGAGGGAGAUGGGGUGGGGAAAAGGAAAGGGGAAGGGGAAGGGAAAGGGGAAGGGGAAGGAGAAGGGGAAGGGGAAGGGGAAGGGGAAGGAGAAGGCUGUGUGA